AUGUCUGCUCCAGCCAACCCAUUUGAUCUAUUAGGUAACGACGUUGAAGACGCUGACGUUGUGAUCAGCCCUCCAAAGGAGAUCGUCAAGAAGAACACUUCGUCCAAGAAGGCAGACGUGCCACCACCAUCUGCCAACCCAGCUAGAGCCAACAAGAACAGACCAAGACCAACCGGUAACGAUGCUGCUUUGAAGGACAAGAGUGCUGGCAGACAGAGCAACAGAUCCAAGGAUGUUCCAGAGUCUGCCAAGACCAAGAAGACCAACGCAAGAAAGAGCAGCGACCGUCACUCCAGAACCGGAAAGGUGGACACCCAGAAGAAGGUCAACCAGGGCUGGGGUGAUGACAAGAAGGAAUUGAGUGCUGAAGCUGAAGGUGAAUUGGACGCCCAGGCUGAGGCUGAGGCCGACAACGAAGCCGAAGCUGCUGCCGGUAUUGCAAAGAUGUCCUUGAAAGACUAUUUGCAAGAGAAAUCCGCGGGUACUUUGAACAAAGUUCCAGGAGUCAAGAAGGUCGAGGCUCUAAACGACGCUGAAUUGUUCAAGAAGGAGACCGAAGUGCUAGCAGAAGCUACCAAGGUCAAGAACGUUAAGUCCAAGCCACAAAAGACCAAGGAGUUCUUGGACUUCGACGCCACCUUUGUCGAGUCUAACCCAAGACCAAGAAGAGACUUCGACAACAAGAACCGCCGUGGCGGUAGAGGCGGUAGAGCUGCCAGAGGCGGCAGAAACAGCGCUAACCCAGUUCAGACGAACGGUUCUAUUGACACCAAGAACUUGCCAACCUUGUCUUAA